AUCAACGAGCCUUCUCCUCUUCACAGUCCAACUUUGCUGCGCUAUCAGCUCCCUUGCUCUUGAACAGGAAUCGAACAACUGUACGAUGGCUUCACAAGAGUGGAAUUACCUGGAGCUGGGAAAUAUCCGCUCGACUUUGAUCAGACAGGAAGACACGAUCCUCUUUCAGCUGAUCGAGAGAGCUCAAUUCAAGCGGAAUCUCGCCAUCUACCAGGACGAUGCCGAAUUCCUCAAGGGCACGGGCAUCAGUGGGAGUUAUGUGAGGAACCUGCUGCAAGAAACUGAGAAUAUCCAUGCAAAAGCUAGGAGAUACACUUCUCCCGAUGAGAAGCCCUUCACUUCUCGCAGUCAGCUCCCUGAUCCUGUUUUGCCUCCUUUGGUUGUGCCCGAGGAGAUGAAGUACCUAAAGUCGAUCGAUGUAAAUUUGAACAGCAAGAUCUACGAGUUGUACAUAUCGACAAUCCUGCCGUGGGUAACGAAGGAAGGCGACGAUGGUCAAUAUGGCUCUUCGUCCGUGUGCGACAUCCAAGCGCUCCAGGCUUUGUCGAAGAGGAUUCAUUACGGCACCUUCGUGGCUGAAUCGAAGUUCCGAAGCCAACCCGAGGAAUACACGAAACUCAUCAAAGCUGGAGACCGGCAGGGUAUCAUGGAUCUGUUGACGAACAAAGAGGUGGAGGAGAAGGUUAUCAAGAGGGUGCAGAACAAGGCCACUGCGUAUGGCCAGGAAAUAACGGACGAGACUUCAUAUCCGCAAGGGAAGCCAAGAGGUGACCAGCUGCUGCAGGUAAACCCAGAGACUAUGGGAAAGAUCUACCGGGAGAUCAUCAUUCCCCUCACUAAGGAGGUCGAGGUCGACUACCUUCUUCAAAGGGCAUGA